ACCGUAUAUACGCCCUCUUACGUAAGGUUGUAUAUUGGGUGUGUGAAAGUUGUUUUUGGGCAGAGUGUGUUGUUUGUACGUGUGCGAGUGCUGGGCAAUUCGUCGCAGAUGAUCGGUGGGAGAGACAAAAAAUCGGUAGUGACCGGAAAAGAGCAGAGUCGUUCUGCCAGUCGGGUUUUUUCCUCGUUGUGAGUUCCGAGAGCUGGUGCGCCAAGUUGACUGGAAAGUGGCCGAUGCAAGUGACCGGUGGCGAGCCCUGAGAGGAGAUUAGAGGAAAGAUGUCGUCCGAACGGUUUCACAAGGCAGCAAAAGACAACAUACUGGAGAUUCUGAAGGAAACUUCGAGAAAAGACUGCAACACCAGAGAUGACAGUGGAAUGACGCCGACGUUAUGGGCAGCUUACGAAGGUCACAUAGAUGCUUUGAGACUCCUCGUAGCUAGAGGCGGCGAGCCGGACAAGGCCGAUUACUUCGGGAACACGGCGCUGCAUCUGUCGUCGGCGCGGGGCCACGAGCUCUGUGUGCGCUUCCUUGUCAAGUUCGGCUGCAACAUUUGGUCCCUGGACAUUGACCGGCACUCCGCUCGUGAAUUGGCCGCGAUAAACUGCCACGAGCGCAUCCUGCAGUUCCUGGACAUGGCCCAGGCCGAUCAGGAGAUCAACAACCGCAAGAAGAGCCGGUUGAUGAAGGAGAAGGCGGAGAAGGACGCCGAGAAGAGAUUAAAGGACUACGUGAAGCGACAGAAGGUGAUAGAAUCGCGGGUGGAAAAGGAGCAGAAGAAACUGUUGAAGGCGCGCCUCGGGGAGAACAACGGCGAUCCGCAGGGCUUUGCGAGGCCGGGAUCGGUGGCCUGCACCUACAAGGGCAGGAUGAAGCCCCCGCCGACUUACAGCGAUAUCGUUGGCACGGCUACCACGAGGCGGCCCAUUGGCGCUGUUGGGAAGAAGGCGCUGGCUAGGAGGGCCGUCGAUGAUUUCAAGGUCGUCGAGAUCGAAGUGGACGGGAAGAAAUCGGUGCGCAGCCUGCAAGGCCUACGCCGCGACAACGAAGUUAUGUACGUGGGGGCGUACAACAACAGUCACGCGGGCACGAUGCUCAACUCGAGCCGCUCGGUGUUCCAGAGCAGCCAAAACCUCAAUCGGCCUGUGCACCACCAGCAACAGCAGCCUCAGAGCGAAAACCAAGCCCAACAGAUACUCAGACGGGGCAAGAUCUCGGACGUGUGGGGCACGUUGAACAGGGCCCGCAGUACCCCGGACCUGUUGGGCGAUCGGUGUUUGGAGGAGGAGGAGGACGAGGAGGACGAGGAAAACGACGAGCGCUCGAGCGUGGUCGAACGGGGCUUGAAUCACUGCACCAGGGGCACGCCGAUGCAGCUGCAAGAACCAGCGAGCAUAUUCAACCGACCGGGCUUUGGAUCGGUUGCCUUUAGGCGAUCGAUCGCGGCUACGCUGGACAAUUUGCCGGUGACCCAAGUGGAGGUCCACCGUCAACCGAACGGUGAGCACCUCUAUCCGAAUGGUUUGACGAACGGCGAGAAUUUGCACAAAAAUGGCUUGUCUAAUAACAACAACAAUGGAAAUAUCAUGAACAACAACAACAAUAACAACAACAACGGUAUGAGCAACAAACACAACAAUAUCAACUACAGCCACAGUCACAGUAACGGUAGCAGUAGUAGCAACGGUUGCGGUGGCGGUCACAACAACGAGGAGAUCAGCAUAGGAAGCGCCGGAAGCUUGGCCCGCAGGCAGAGCAUGUGGGACGAUGACUUGCUUUCCGAGGACGACGAGACGGACGAGGAGUGGACGCCACUGCAGCGAUUUCUCGUGGCCAACAACCUGUCCUCCAUCCACGCGAUCCUGGAGUCCGAACAGAUAGACCUCGAAGCCUUGAUGCUCCUCACGGAAUCCGACGUGGCAGCUCUCAAACUUCCUCUGGGCCCAAGACGGAAACUCCUACACGCGAUUGCCAGUCGAAAAAAGGCGCUCGAGACGCAAGAGACCGUCAUUAAAGACAUUAAAUUAUGAGACAUAGGUCAAAGGGAUCUGGUGAUCAGGAUCAAAGUCGGGAACAAGGGUAAUGACGAAAAUAAUAACAACGACAAAAAGUUGACGAAGAUUGAGAAGUUAAAAGUUGAGAGUAUCGUGUGUGGGAUCAAGAGGAGCGCGGUGGAUUUUAUAUUUCCUCGUGAUGCGUGAUUGUGGCUUUUUUGCGCAACUAUGAGUAUUUUUCUUUUUUUUUGUAUUAAUUUUAAGCGUACAUUGUACUUUAAAUGAAUAAAAAAUGUGAUACGCGCUUUUUUAAUGAUUUUUGGAGACAUUUUGUACGUACUUACUGCAGUGAAAUUGUGUAUUAACUUUACAGACUGAAAUUUUUGAAAUGUACGAUGAUUUAUUGUGUUAAAUUAAUUCGAUGAUGCUGAUAUUUUUUUUGUCAGUCUGUUAUUGUGUUAUGAUUUAGUAGUUUCAUAUGAUGACAUUGAACAAACAAUUUCACAUUAGACCUGUAACUUUAAAAAGUAACGUUAUUUUUAAUAAAUAAAAUGAAGAAUGUAA